UUCGAACUGUCGGUCCGCUCCGUACGUGUAGUCUCGACAGUUUACAAACACUUGUAGACGCGCAAAACAAACGUUGUGAUGGUUUAACGAAAGACAUUUUAACUUAUGAAUUAAAAUAAACUGUUCAACAUGAUCUGGCUACUGUUUAGUGUAUCGUUGUUAAUUUCGGCUGUGAGUUGUAAAAGUUUGACUAGUUACGAAAUUACUCCUAGAGGAUGUAAAUGGAAAAUGCUCGACACUGAUAACGGUGAGGAACCUGUGCUUUAUUGUGAGCUUAGAAAAAUUGACAAUGCUGAAUCGCUGUUGAGAAACUUGACUCAAACUCAGGCUGAUCGCGUGACCGUGCUCGAACUGAACUGUAGUGACAAAUUAUUUUUCGAGAGUUCCCUGGAUACGUUUAAAGAAAACAACUUUUUGUCAACUUUACGACGUUUGGUGGAAUUAAAAGUGGAAAAUUGCAAAAUUCGUAGUAUACCCAAGGCUGUGCUAUCACCUUUAAGACAUCUUCGAAGACUUUCGCUCCGUACACACAACUCCGAAUGGUCCGCUAUGUCGUUGGAAUUAAAUGCAGAAAGUUUUCGCGGCAUGGGUGAACUCCGAAGUCUCGACCUCGGCGACAACAAUAUAUGGAGUACGCCCGCGGACUUAUUUUGCCCUCUCUUCAGCUUGACACAUUUAAACUUAACUCGCAAUAAACUCCAGGACAUUUCUGCGCUCGGUUUCUCUGAUUGGGGAAACGGGCCCCUAGCUCCCGGCCGUGCCUGCGUUAACGGCUUAGAAGUGCUCGAUAUGUCAUUCAACGACAUCAUAUCUCUUCCUGACAACGGAUUAUCUGCAUUAAGAACUUUAGAGGAACUGCAUUUGGAAGAUAAUGCCAUUUCAACUCUGGGUGAUCGUGCAUUCGUUGGCUUAAAUGCAUUAAAAACUUUAAAUUUGUCAAGUAACAUGCUAGUCGCUCUGCCGCCCGACCUGUUCCAAUCCUCCCGGGAUUUACGCCACCUUUAUCUGCACAACAACUCUUUAAGUGUACUCGCUCCGGGACUGUUGGAAGGUUUGGAUCAGUUACAAGUUCUCGACUUAUCCAGAAACGAACUGUCAAGCCGUUGGGUCAACAGGGAUACAUUUUCCGGUCUUGUGCGAUUGGUAGUGUUAAACUUGGCACACAACCAGCUCAACAGAAUCGAUUCAAAUCUUUUUCGUGAUUUAUACACUUUGCAAAUACUUAAUUUAGAACACAACCUUGUCAAUUUCAUCGCCGAAGGAGCUUUCGCAGAACUAAAAAAUCUGCAUGCAUUGACUUUGUCUCAUAAUAAAUUGACUCGCAUCGAAUCAUUCCACUUUAGCGGUAUGUACGCACUUAAUCAACUGUUACUAGAUCAAAACGAUAUCGAAUCCAUUGAUCCUAAGGCAUUUCAAAACGUGACAAAUUUACAAGAUCUCGGCUUGAAUGGAAACGUAUUGGGCGGCGUACCUGCAGGUAUCGGCAGCCUCAGACUUUUAAAAACUCUGGACCUGGGUAAAAACCGCAUCGAAUCAGUUACCAACUCAUCAUUCGAGGGCCUCGACCUUCUUUACGGUCUCCGAUUAGUGGACAAUCACAUCGUAAAUAUUUCAAGAGACUCUUUUUCUACACUUCCGUCACUGCAAGUGUUAAAUUUAGCAUCGAAUAAAGUUAAAUAUGUGGAACAGAGCGCCUUUGCAAGCAACCCGACACUUAAGGCCAUUCGUUUGGAUGCAAAUGAGUUGACAGACAUAAGUGGCGUAUUUACCAAUUUGCAAAGUUUGGUCUGGUUAAACGUAUCGUCAAAUAAUUUACUUUGGUUUGACUUUAGUCAUUUGCCCGCGAGCCUCGAGUGGAUUGAUAUGCAUUUUAACAAAAUACCCGAGCUAGGCAAUUAUUACGAUGUAAGAAACACGCUGAAUAUUAAAAUGCUUGAUGUCAGUUUUAAUUCCAUAAAGGAAAUUAAAGAAAAUUCCGUGCCAGACAGCAUUGAAACCAUAUUUUUAAACAACAAUAAAAUAAGUAAUAUUCAACCUAGUACAUUUUUACAUAAACCGAAUUUGGAGAAAGUAGUUUUAUAUGGAAAUGAAAUAAAAUACCUCGAUUUGGCAGCACUCGGUCUAAGUCCCGAGCCAAGUGAUAAAGAACUACCACAAUUUUAUAUAGGCGGAAAUCCAUUUUAUUGUGAUUGUAAAAUGGAAUGGUUGCUAAGAAUCAACCAACUGAACAAUUUGCAUCAAUAUGCUACGGUAAAAUACCCGCAAGUAUUGGAUUUGGAUAGUGUCACCUGCGAAUUGGCACACUCGAGGGGAGCCGCUCCCCAGCCCCUGCUGAGCCUGAAACCGUCAAACUUUUUAUGUCCCUACGAGGCACAUUGCUUUGCUUUAUGCCAGUGCUGCGAAUACGAUGCCUGCGACUGUGAGAUGACGUGCCCGACAAACUGUACGUGCUUUCAUGAUCACACAUGGUCCUCUAAUGUAGUAGACUGCAGCAAUGCAGGCUAUACAAGCGUGCCCGACAGAAUACCUAUGGAUGCAACUGAAAUCUACUUAGACGGCAACGACUUGGGAGAACUCGACAGUCACGUAUUUAUCGGUAAGAAAAAACUAGAAGUUUUGUUUUUAAACAACAGCAACAUUAAGGCCGUUCACAACAGAACAUUUAACGGCGUCAAGUCGCUUAAAGUAUUACAUUUAGAAAAUAACCAUCUAGAACAAUUACGUGGUUUUGAGUUCGAUCAGCUUGAGAAACUUAACGAGAUUUAUUUAGAUCAUAACAACAUAGAUCAAGUUAGUAACCAAACUUUUAAGAAAAUGAGGAAACUAAAAGUAUUAAAGCUCGACGAAAACAAAAUAGUAAAUUUGAAACCAUGGCAAUUAACUGAAAACGAGGAGGCAGGAACGCAACCGAACGUGACUUUGGACGGCAACAAGUGGUCGUGUGAUUGCAGCUCCCUUGACCGGCUCCAGGCAUGGAUACGUAAAACCGGAGGUGAUCCGUCAAAAAUGUUGUGCGCGGAUAGUGACGAAACGGUCGCAAAUGUAAUCAGCCGUUGUGAAAUUACGGACAAUGCAAUUGCAACUUCGGUGGUACAGCGCGAAAUAUUCAAGAACAAUCCAUUGUUAGGUGGCAGUUAUGUUCCGUUACUUGCCGCCACUCUUGUGGCCGUUAUCAUUGUAUGUUUGCUGGCCGCUAUCGUGUUCGUCUACCGCCAAGACGUCCGAUUGUGGGCUCACUCCAAAUAUGGCGUUCGAAUAUUUCAAGAUGCCGCCACCGCCCACGACAACAACGACGACCGUGACAGGCUCUACGACUGCUAUAUGGUGUACAGUCACAAAGAUGAAGACCUCGCCUCAAGAGUAAUCGCCCCUGAACUAGAACAGUUCGGUCAUACUUUAUGUCUACAUUACCGAGACCUUCACCUCAUGGGAGGCGCCUCGUACCUGGCCGAUGCGAUGAUGGGCGCAGCGGAUGCAUCAAGACGCGUCGUCUUUAUUGUAUCGCCCGGCCUUAUUUGCAACGAAUGGUCGCGACCAGAUUUUAGGGCCGCGCUCCAAACCGCCCUUCGCUCAGCGCACCGACAUAAAUUAGUUUGUGUACUUAGCGGCGAUCCGUUAGAGCCUAUGGAUCCCGAACUGAGGGCAUUGCUGCGGGCAUGCACCGUGACCAGAUAUGGCGAACGUCGCUUCUGGGACAAGUUGCGAUACGCGAUGCCGGAUGUCGUAAAUAACCCCUCUACAAGGCGCAGCAAGAAACAACAGGCGGAGAUCCGGUGCAAGACGAACGCCAGAUACACGGCGGCGCCAACCGCUCCCGACUCCUGGUACAAAUAUUCGGCGAUGCCGGGCGUCCAUGCUGCCGCUCUCACGCCAACGCCGACCCAAAGCACAUACGUGUCCGGGGAGUCCUCCAGAAGCACCGAGGACGAGGCCGGCUCCAGCGCCAGCAGCCAACAUUACGGCUCCGACCACCUCAACCAUAGCUACAUUUCCAUCGAUGGCCGGCCUCCCCAAUACUCGCAGUAUCCUCCGUGCAGGGCCGAAAUACCGCACCACGUAUAUUCCACCAUACCAGAUACUCAACCCCAAACUAGAACUUAUUUUGUAUAAAUUCUAAGUUCUGUAAACUUCUUAAAGGCUGUUUUUACUUAUUUAACUAUAUUAUAUCUUUAAAUUAAUUGCAUAUUGAAUGUCACUAGGUAUAAUUAUUGCGAUUAUUACUAUGUAAUACC